AUGUCCACACCCGAGGAAGAGGAGUAUGACGAGAGUUCGUCUCUUUUCAACCGCUCUCAAUCCCAGUCGUUUUUGGACCAGCCCCAUGGGCUGUUCCGGGGUCCUAACUCUCUUCACAAUUUUGCGUCGUCCUUUACCAGAGCACAGCUGUUUGCGGCGCUGAAAAUCGACUUGGAUAUUCGUAAGAAGCGUUCCUUCUUUGCUCUGGAUGGUGACGAGGAUGAUGAGUUGUUUGAUCCUUCGUUGAUGGUUCCUUCCAAUAGAGGUGAACGGCUCAGUACCAUUUUGCAUGACAUGAGCUCCUUUAGAAGCAAUAAUGGUUUCGCUGCUACUGGACCAUCGCCUUAUGAUGAGGUUUUCUAUCAGGACGAUAUUGCCAAUGUUCUUCACCGGACAAGAUCAAAUAAUCAGUUUACCGGUAAUGGGAUUCCGAUUCCUUCGAAAAAAGUAUUUCCGUCACCAUCUUUUCUGUCUAUCCGGUCGAGUAUCUCUUAUGCGAGCACUGCUUCACACUUUGGCUUGAAGAAAAUCGAAGAUAAGGACGGAAACGUUCUAACCGUUGUUUCGGGUCAGUCAACGGCACCACAAACUGUAUUCAACUCUAUCAACGUCAUGAUCGGCAUUGGUCUUUUGGCUCUCCCAGUCGGAUUGCUUAAAGCGGGUUGGGUUUUUGGAAUCCCUCUUCUAAUCAUUUGUUGCUUAUCUACUGGUUGGACAGCUUCGCUUUUGUCCAAAGCGAUGGACACUGAUAGCACUUUGAUGACUUUUGCCGACUUGGGUUACGUUUCCUACGGUUCCGCAGCUAAAUUGUUCAUCUCAUUAAUUUUUUCUAUUGAUUUGUUAGGUGCUGGUGUGUCAUUGGUUGUUUUGUUCAGCGACUCGCUCUACUCGUUAAUAGGAGACGAAGUCUGGACAAGAACACGUUUCAAGUUAUUGGCUUUUAUCGUGCUCACACCAUUCACAUUUAUGCCUUUGCCGAUUCUUUCCUUGGUUUCUCUUUUCGGCAUAAUGUCCACUAUAAGCAUCACCAUUAUUGUUGCAUUAUGUGGUAUUUACAAGCAAACAUCUCCAGGAUCAUUAAUUCUGGCAAUGCCUACAAAUCUUUGGCCAGAAAAUGUUCCUCAGUUCUUGGCAGCUCUAGGGAUCUUAAUGGCCCCUUUUGGGGGUCAUGCCAUUUUUCCUAAUUUAAAGUCCGAUAUGAGACAUCCUCAUAAGUUCACGAAGACCUUGAUCCCAACUUACACGAUAACAUUGCUCACUGAUUCCACUAUGGCGGUAGUUGGGUUCUUGAUGUUUGGUGCUUUGUGUAAUAAUGAAAUCACCAGUUUGGUUCUCGAAACUUCCGGAUAUCCAGCUUUUGUUUAUCCCUUGAUCAGUGGACUAAUUUGCAUUGUACCAUUGGCAAAAACGCCUUUGAACGCCAAACCAAUCAUUUCCACUCUUGACGAACUAUUUGGCAUCAAUACGAUUGUGGACAAUCAAAGCGCAUUCAUUAAAACGAUGAAAACCGUUGGCAGAUUCCUUACCCGAGUAGGUGUCAAUGCCUUGUUUGUUAUCUUUGCGAUCUUGUUCCCAGAGUUUGAUAAAAUUAUUGGGGUUUUAGGAUCAUCUAUCAGUUUCCUCGUGUGUUUCAUUUUGCCUUGUCUUUUCUACUUGAAACUUUGUGGAGAUCAGGUUGGUGCAGCAACCAGAAUGGGGCUUAGAUUUGUGAUUGCACUCAGUCUAGUCCUCGCUAUUUGUUGCACCUACGUGACAAUUUCCUACUAA